AUGGAUAGCAAUCGUUUAGCUUUCCGCCAGUGGAGAAUGCUUAGCAUCCCCGGCUUUCAUGUUUAUCGGAGAAGGCCAACCUCCUUUCUCCUCCAGUCGGAGGUUGAUACCUCAGUCGAGCUCUUUGGGCAGAAAUACCCAAAUCCUCUUCUGAUGGCACCCAUUGGGGUGCAAUCUAUCGCUCAUGACGACAAAGAAACGGGGCUCGCCGAGGCUUGCGCUGAAGUCGAUGUUCCAUAUAUCUUGAGCACAGCAUCAGGGUCAUCAUUCGAAGAUGUAGCUGCCAGUUGCGGAGACGGCAAAAAGUGGUACCAGCUGUACUGGCCAAAAGACAACGACAUUACCCUAUCCCUGUUAAAAAGGGCGAAGAAGAACGGGUUUGAUGCGCUUGUAGUGACUUUGGAUACAUGGACAUUGGCAUGGCGCCCUGCAGAUCUUGAUACUGGAUAUCUACCUUUCAUUGCUGGCGUUGGAACGGAAUUUGGUCUAUCAGAUCCUGUAUUCCGCGCCAAGUUUGAGGACCGCUCUGGUUCAAAGGUCGAAGACGCUCGGCUCGAAGCCUCGAGAGAAUGGAUACAAGGCAUUUUUGGUGCCAAUCGCACAUGGGACGAUCUUGGAUUUUUGAGGAAGAACUGGAACGGUCCACUUAUUCUCAAAGGCAUUCAACAUGUGGAAGAUGCCAAAGCAGCGUUGAAACAUGGAUGUGACGGCAUUGUGGUCUCAAAUCACGGAGGCCGCCAGCUCGACGGUGCAAUUGGCUCUCUCGAGGUCCUGCCGGAAAUUGUCGAUGCGGUUGGAAAAGACAUGACUGUUUUGUUCGACUCGGGCAUCCGCACAGGCUCUGACAUUGUCAAGGCCAUUUCUCUCGGGGCUAAGGCUGUAUUAGUUGACAGACCAGUAAUGUUCGGUUAUGCCAUCAACGGAAAACAGGGGGCAAAGGAAGUAAUGCAAGGCCUGCUCGCGGAUUUCCAUCUGAGCAUGGCCAUCGCUGGAAUCCCAUCGAUUGGCGAUUGCCACCGCGAGGUGCUUAGGAAAGUGUAA